AUGACGACACUGACAAGUCUUCCACACGAUGCUUUGUACCGUGUCCUAUGCUUUCUCUCUGUUCGCGAAAUCAUCUGCCUUCGACUGGUGUGCAAAGACCUUCGUGACUUGACAUUCCACACGGCUAUAUGGCAUGAUGCGUAUAAACACGCAAAACUCCCUCGUCCCCUAGGACCGCUCGACUCUCAGUCUCGCGAGUUCUUAGAGAACACCCUCGUCAAAAGCACUCAAGUUGGCGUCAAGUGGAACAAGCAAGCUCUAACGAUAACUUCCAAGGCGACUUGGUUCGAGCCCGAGUGGUCAGCCUUGCAAGGAGACCAUUGGGAAGUGGUGUCUGGGUUAUGGCUCGUUAUCCCGCACAUCAGCGGCCCAGACAUCCUGUGCUAUGAUCUGAAACGCGGGCUGCGCCACGUCGUAUACCACACUAAUAUCGCUCAGAUCCUAUCGUUCAAGAGCACGAUUUCUGAGGCACCAGACGGAGGAUGUAUCAUGCAUGCUAUCGUCAUGGAAAGCGCCCGCAGCAACGCGUCGUUCUCACAUAAACUGCUCUCCAUUCGUUUUUCUGCUGAUGGUCCAUUAUUGGAAUUCUCCAUGGUGAUUUCUGGCGAUGUAAUCGGAAUGGGAAUGUCGCAACUAUCUGCUGCGAAGCGCUUGUUGUGCAUGAGCGAUCAUUUGACUGGUACUCUGAACUUGGCAGUGGAUACCCACACCCGCGUCCUGUACCGCUUUCCACCACCAAGCUCUAUCAUUGAGCCCACAUUCGCCAUAACUUGCAUGCAAGAGACAUACCUGAAGCGUCUCAUUGCCACUGAAACUCAUAUUCUCGCAAUGUUUACCCCUCUCACUAUUGUCAGCCAGCUCAAUGAGGGAGGAAACUCUCGUGUGCUCAUUCAGGCGUUCGCUCUCCCGCCUAUGGGAACCACCACCGAAUCCUCACCCACCCUUCAACUCACCCACGAAGGACAUUGCUAUCUCGAUAUCGAACGUGUUUCGCUUCUGUGCGACUCUAUGACCAACGCCGUCACAGGGCAUACCCAGAUCAAAUUCCUCACACAUUACAUGAGACUUAACCUGACGAAGUACUUUGCUCACCGAGUAACGUUAUCCCCUCCUCUGCUAGGGCAGAAGUUGGGGAAUAUCUCUCUUUCCACCGACCAGCUUUUCUCUGUUCCUGGUUAUGCUAACACCAUGAAGUUUACCACAUCCUUUGAUGGGCACGCGCGCGGUAUCUGCGUUCUCCAUAACGAGAGGGACGGGACAGAAUUCUACGGAUUUACGAUCGACGCUAGCAGCAUGGAUCAGCCCUGUUCAGGCAUCGUUGGCCCAGGGGUCGAUAUCAAAGAGGUUGAAGCGACAGAGUCGUACCCCUCGUCUUUGAGGAUGACCUGGAAUGUGAAACUAGCAUUUGACGGCAACUUGGGUAGGAUCUGUUAUAGGAAGCGGGGCGAAGAAGGACGGAAUGUACUUGCCAUAGUAGAUUUGGCUUAG